AUGGAUGUGGUAGUAAAUGCCAUUAAUAUCAUUAGAUCCCGCGGUCUUAACCAUCGCCAGUUUAAAGCAUUUUUGGAUGAACUUUCUUCAGAACACGAUGAUGUGACAUAUUAUUGCGAUGUAAGGUGGCUCAGAAAAGGUACAAUGCUAAAAAAAAUUUAUGACCUUAGAAAAGAAAUAGAUGAUUUUAUGGAAAUGACAGAGAAAACAUUGCCGCAAAUUUGUGAUCCAACUUGGCGUUGUGACUUGGCAUUCCUGGUAGACAUCACAGGACACUUAAAUGACCUGAAAUUGAAGCUUCAAAAAACAAGCACAAUUGGCACUAGAGCUCCGCCAAGAGAAAUAGUUUUUGACAAUUCCAUCCUUACUUCUGAUCCUUAUCCCUACGAUUUACCUCGCGUAGCCACCCCUCCCAGAACUUUAACCCUGGAUAAAUACCCAUUUCCUGGUGUGGAAGACUAUGAAGAUCCCGAAGUAGAAAACGAACGUUUACCUGUUGCCAAGAAGCAGCCUCUGAAGUUUCACAUGAACGACGUCAGUUUUCAGGUCAACAGUUCCCAAUUGAAUGACACUGGAAGCCACUUGUAUGGAGCUAGUGGAGAGGGUUUGACACCAGCUGAAGAAGUUUUGCAUUUGCGACGCCAGAUGGCAAAGUUAAAUAGGCGGAUAAUGGCUCUAGAAUUGGAAACCAUGAGCAGGCUGCAGAAAGAAAAAAUCGUCGUGGGAUUCGGUAUAGCUUAUUUUCUAUUAAAAGUUAUCAUAUGGAUGAAUAGGGACUAA